CCCCCAAAUCUCCUCUAAACAAUAAACAAUUUUCUACCUUCCAAAAAUUGUCAAUGUGUCCGAAACUUUCAAGUCUUUUCUUUGAUAGUAAUACUGGUCAGUUCGUGGCGAUCCCCAACCGUCGCGAUUCUUCAAAAUAGAAGAAAGUGGUGUAUCUCAAGUGCUGUUCAUCGAAAUGUGUGAAUAACCUCUCGGAUAGGUACAUUAUUCAAUCGUUUAUCGAGAUAAUCUGGUGAAGUUAUGCUUGAAAAAUGAAGAGUAUGGAGGCAAAGAUCAAUGGGAUUUACUCAACCAGUGGAGUGAAAGUAAUCCCUCCACAUGCAGAAGCUCCAAAUGCCUUCCCCGACAUUCCAGAAGCAGCACAAUGGUGGAGAGAUACCAGUGAUCUCGAGGUUCAUCAUUCCCUGGAAGAUCCCCUGAGUUCGGGGCAAGAGGAGGGCUCCUGUGAGGCUGAUCACAGCUCAGAUGUCCAGCAGAAUAUGGACGAUACUGAGAAGACGUCUGUAAAGUUGAGGAGGCCCGGAGGCUCUGGAGCCGAGCUCACUGAUAACCGAGGGAGGGUGAAAAAUCCAGCAAACUGGAAGGUCAAUCUAAAAAAAAAUGCCAGGCUCAGAGGCGAGGAGUACGUGGGGGGAGGAGGUAAAAUAGUACCAGCAAAAGUGAUGGGUCCUCCGUGCGACUGUCGUUCUCGUUGUGGUGAUAAAAUUGACGAGGAGAAUCGCUCGAAGCUCCACGAAGUCUUCUGGAAGACCUGCAACUGGGACCAGAGGAAACAGUAUGUGGCCUUGUCAGUGAAAGAAUCCCCAAAGCAUCGUACCCGGGUCCGGGGAAAGGAUCGCACAGAGACGAGAAGACACGUGACCUUCACAUACUCCCUCCUGGUGAACGGCCAGUGCAUAACAGUCUGCAAGCCAAUGUUCCUCUCCACUUUCUCGGUGUCUGAGAAAUUUGUUCGACAUGCGAUGGAGAAGAAGAGGAUCUCCCCGGGGGGAAUAAUCGGCCCCGAUCAGCGGGGCAGGCACACACCCAAGACGAAAAAGAGUGAGGACGUGAGGAAUCGAGUGAGGGAGCACAUACAGUCGUUUCCCACCUUCAAGAGUGAAAAUCCCAGGGAGAGAAAGAGAUACCUGGAGGCACAUCUCAAUAUUGCUGCCAUGCACAAACUUUAUGUGCAAAAAUGCGAGGCUGAGGGCGUUCCGGAGAGUGAUAUCGUUAAGGAGAGUUAUUACCGAGAAAUGUUCAGAAGUGAAUUCAAUUAUGGGUUCAGGGCUUCCCCUGUUUGUGGGGAAAAGAAGAAGUGAAAAUUUUUCAAAGAAAAAUAUUGUUUUUUUAUCGAUGGGGAAUAUUUCGAGGUAGACUGGUUGGUGAUGAGUAAUUAUUCCCCAUCUAAUUUGUGAUGAUCAUCUUGGGGCAAUACGAUUGAUGAGGAGGAUACAGUGGUUAUGUACUGGGACAGGAUUGAUCCAAUUGCAUGUAAGAUUGUUUUUUAUUUUCACUGGUAAAUUAUAACUGAUGUGAAAAGUCUUUACGAUAAUAUUGUUUUCGAAUUUGUUACUCAUGUCAAAUUUAAUUUGACGAUGAGAUAGUGUUUUAUCAUUUCAUUGCUGAGUUGAUUCUGUAUUUGAAUAAUGCGUGAGGUAAAAAGUUUAGUGAGCAAUUGAAAACGUUUGAAUAUUCUUAAUAAAAUUAUAAGUUUUUCUAA